GUCUGCCUCCCGUAGUCAACAAACCGCGCAGCGAAAAUACGAACGAAAACAAAACCAUGUGCAGCGAUACACUGCGCUAAAUCUACGUAGAUUUGAGUAAAUCCAUCAGUUUUUAGUUUAGCAAGCACACCAAAAUCAAUGUCACGCGACACCCCUGCAGAAUCCAACUCAUCGCCAAACAUGUCGCACUACCAGAUUUUGAACGUUGCCCCCGAUGCUACACUGGACGAAAUACGCCGUUCCUAUCAGUUGUUGGCCCUUCGUUUCCAUCCAGACAAAUUAAGUCUACAAAAUUGUUCCAUCGCUCAGGAAGAAAGCGCUGCUUCGGCAGAUCAAUUCAUACGGAUCGACGAAGCGUGGAAGGUGCUGAGGGACGAGGAAGCCCGGCGGGUGUACGAUGCCGAGCUGAUGCAGCGGACUUGUCGGGAGGAAUACUUCGUGAACGAAGUGCUUCGGAGGGCGGAUUUCAGACACGAACAGGAAGAGGAUUACUACUAUCACACCUGUCGCUGCGGUGGAUUGUAUGUGCUACCGGAGAAUUUGGGCGCGGAUGAAAGUUGUUACAUUGCUUGUGAUGAGUGCUCGCUGGUUGUUCAGGUGAAUGCUAAAUAAUGAAUCGUGUUUUGUUAUGAAAAAUUUA